UCAUAUUUCUUUGUGUAUUUCAUAUUUCUGACGACCUAUCCACAACUUUUUGUCAGUGGCCACUCCAGGUCUUAAGUAAUGUUACAUCUGAUUACAUAACAAAUACUGCUUAUGUAAAGACAGAGUGGACAGCAUCAGGGUAAACAUAAGAUUCCCCUUUAAACUGGUGGGAAUUAGGACCCUGCAAAGACUGAGCUCUAGAUGUGGGACAGUAGAGUGUGUGUCUAUUUGAAAGCGAGAACAAAAAAACACAAUCACACACAAUACAAUGUGUGACUGUCACUACCAUACACAGCGCAGGACAGGAAUGAGAGUGUUGCUGGAGGAGGGAUGAGGAAAGAGAGAAAACAGCACAUCUAAAACCAUCAUGGAAUCAUUGAUCAGCUCGUCUUUGAUUGGAGGUUUACAUCUGUGACAUGUCUGGACCUCCUCUCUGCAGAAGAACCAAAUCUCAGACAUUGGAGUUAACCAGACUUGAUAACAUAUAUUUCACUUUUAGGAGGACCGGUUGAAAGUUGGAUUCCUUUAGUAAAACACCAGGUUUACCUGUCUGCUGUACUGCACAACACAAACAGAGUGGAUCAUGGGGCAUCCACAUCAGAAAACAUCUGAGACACAAAUAUGGGGCAUUUUGAAUUAAUAAUGGCCGACAAGCCUGGUCCCAUGAUAGCCUCUGUGCCAAACCACUCAUUGACAAAUCACACCACCACCCCAUGGGAGCUCAAUCCAACAGUUCCUGCCAAUGUGGGCAUUGUCACCAGCUCCCAGUCCCAGAUCAAAGACCUGUUUGGGUUGUUCUGCAUGGUGACCCUUAACCUCAUUGCUCUGCUGGCCAACACCGGUGUGAUGGUGGCGAUUGCUCGAGCUCCUCACCUGAAGAGGUUUGCCUUUGUGUGCCACCUUUGUGCUGUGGACCUGCUAUGUGCAAUCCUCCUCAUGCCUUUGGGGAUCAUAUCCAGCUCGCCAUUCUUUGGCACUGUGGUUUUUACUGUCCUUGAGUGUCAGGUUUACAUAUUCCUUAAUGUUUUCCUCAUCUGUCUGUCCAUACUCACCAUUGCAGCCAUCAGUGUGGAGCGUUACUUCUACAUCGUACACCCCAUGCGCUAUGAGGUCAAGAUGACCAUCAACCUUGCCAUUGGUGUGAUGCUCCUAAUCUGGGUUAAAUCCCUCAUCCUUGCUUUGGUCACAUUGUUUGGAUGGCCAUCUUAUGGACCUCAGAGCUCUAUAGCUGCAGCUCAUUGCUCUCUUCAUGCAAGUCACAGUCGUCUAAGAAAUGUGUUUGCUGUGCUCUUCAGUGUGAUCUGCUUCCUGGUUCCUGCUGUGGUUAUCUUCACCGUUUACUGUGCCGUGUACAAAGUAGCUCGUUCUGCUGCCCAGCAGCAAGUCCCUGCUGUCCCAACGUGGGCAAAUGCCAGUCCUGAAAAGAAUCGCUCGGAUUCAAUCCACAGCCAGACCACCAUGAUUACCACCACUCGCACUCUCCCCCAAAGACUAUCUCCAGAGAGGGCCUUCAGCGGAGGAAAGGCAGCUCUCACUUUAGUGUUCAUCGUGGGACAGUUCAUGGUUUGUUGGCUGCCCUACUUCACCUUCCACCUGCAGAUGUCCCUGAGUGGCUCCAUGCACAGUCCCGGGGACUUAGAGGAGGCAGUCACCUGGCUGGCGUACUCUUCCUUCGCGGUAAACCCGUUCUUCUACGGCCUGCUGAACAGGCAGAUCAGGGAAGAACUUGUGAAGUUCAGACGCUGCUGCUUGACCCAGCCGUCAGAGUUUGGGGCCUCCAGCCAUGAGGGUUCCCUACAGGAGAACUUCCUCCAAUUCAUACAGAGAACCAGCAGCACAGCUGAAACCACAUCAAACUCUGUCAAUUCCCUUCCCAGAAACACUUCAGACCAGGGGGUGAAGAUCCCUGGACAAAUACCUGAAGACCAUGCAUAGACAUUGACCACCAUAAGCUAUAGACAGUGCUAACAUAAAGUCUUCAGGGUAUUUCAUUUCUGUUGGAUAGGUAAAGUCUUUUUUAAAACAACAUUUCUACAGAAAUACUGUCUAAUUCCUGAAAUGAUUAUGGUGUAACGUACAUGUAACUAAGUGAAAGUAGUGUUAACUUACAGUUUUGGUACCAUUAAUCAUCUCUCCAGUCCACUCUGGCCACAAUCCCCUUUCUUAAGGAAUAUCGAAGUAUGUAAUGGGGGAGCAAACUCAAAAUAAAAAGCAUUUAUUAAUUCACAAACAUUUUGAGUUUAAUCCUAAAGUAUUUUCAAUUGUUUGGACUUUCUUGAGCUCGUGGAAUUAGCUUAUAAGUAAGCCAUCUUGCAUGGUUGUCAUUUAAACUGAGAAUUACGACAGCUUAGGGCCAAUUAUGUACAGGCAUGAAUGAGACCAUAAACUAAAGGUUAACCUAAAAAAUGUGAAUCUGUCCUAAAAAUACAGGCUUACAAGCCAAGUGCCUUUUUUUACUUUUACAGGUAGGCUUACUGAUUUAAGGUCAAAGUGCUGUGUACUGUACUCUAACAGGGAAAUGUUGAAGUAGCUGUACUUUAAAUGUCCCCCUGUGCAAAUUUUAUAUUCAUAUUAAAACUGACCAGAUUUUAAUGAUGUUUAUGAUUUGUUUUUGUGUGAAAACUGGACUCUAAUUGUACAAUACUAAGGUCAUGAGCAGAUGGAUAUUUCAAUGUUUAAUUGUUUUUAAGAAUAAACUAUUAAUUUGUAUGAUAUGAACAUUAGGGAUCAUUGUAUCAUGUUUAACAUAAAUACAAAAUGGAGUGUUCAAAUGUUAUUUUGGUGAAGUAUUGUCAAGUAUUGAGUAAAUGUUGCAAAGCAGCGGUCAUACGACAUAAGAUGAUAAGCAGCACAUUGUGUGGGUCUUGCAUAUCAUUAAAUGAUCCCUUCAGAGCACUCAUACAGUGGAUGUCUGCAGUGUGAGGUACAAUGCAUGCAGCAGAUAAUGUAAAAGGAUAGAUGGUGAAAGUCAUCUACCCAUGUUGUCAUGGAAAUCAGGUUAGCUGUGACUCACAUAGCAACAGGGACCUUUGAAUUGAAUGUAUGCUUUAGCUUCAGAUCCUAAUUGGAUUUCAAUAACUGUCUCUUGUGCCUGAUUUCCAUGUGGAAACUGAUUACACACAGCCUUUAAGUUCAGUCAGCAGCUCUUUAACAUGUGAAUAGAGGCUGAUUACAAAGUAGUCCCUGCUUAUAUGGAAGGCUGUGAGACAAGGACCCAGUGAGGAUGGGGAGUCUAAAAUGGUAAUCAUUACAGGGCAUUGAUAAUGUUCUGAGAGUGGUUACAAAGUGCUAUUUUAUGGCUUCUGCUGUUUGUAUUAGUCUUUCACAAACAGAGGAAAAUACAAGUAACCAAGAAUAGUGUGGCCAAAGCUAAUAAACACCAUUUUGCUGUCUAGCUGUCAUUAACUAACACUCUUACAUAACCUUGGGUUGUGUGUUUAAUACUGCACAAGCCAAUGUAUAGCCAAUCAUUUUAAGACCAGCAGGGUACAUUUUAAAGUGUUAAAAAUGUGUUUGCAGAGAUUUGAAUUUCAAGAACCAUCGUUUCCAUCCAACGAUAGAGCCAGAACAAAACAUCACCUAUAGCAGCAUUUCUAAAACUAAACAACAACAAAAAUAACCAAUAAGUUCACUGGAUGGCUGUCAUAUGUCCUCUUGUUACAUGUCUAAAAGAUUUUUGCAUCAAUUUUGAUCACAUGACAUUCAGACAAACAUCUAUAAGGUCAACACAAACAAGGGUCUAGAAAGGAGGACACAACGUCAGUAGGUGUAAACGAACAGCUUUAAGUCUGAUCGCACACAGGUGCUGACAGGCAGUGCAGAGGCAGACCACUUUUUAUUUCUAAGUAAUUAAAUUAAGAUAUCGUGAUCAACAACAACAACAUCGACAGCUGUUCUAAUCAGCAGGAGCAGCAAUCUGAGCCAGAUACUUCCAACAGAUCACUGUAGUGUAUAUAAGUAUUUAUAUCUGUUCAGGCUGAAUAGCUGAGCUCCCACUCCAAAAUCCAAACCAACAUUUCAAUGACCAAACAAACACACACAUAACACUCCAACAUGUCAGCAUGCACACUUUGAGGUCUCCUGCAGUUUGUAAGAAAAUAAAAAGUCUUACAGUCAUGGGUUGUAUUGAGACGGAUGAUAUGUGUUAAAUUUGUAGAAAGCCAGCGUUUCCCAAACAAUUUCCUUUGGGCCCCCACCUACUUGUUUGAGGACCCACAUAAAAGAAGUGAUACAUGUCUUUCAAAAAUGUACAUAAAUUAUGACGUACCCAGACAAUUAUG